CCUUUUUUUGAGACAAGCCAUUGAUUUCAGCACUCAAUGUUGCUUAACCUCUAAAAAUAAAAGCACAAGCUAACCCAUCCUCAUAUUUACAAAUUCAGCUUCUAUUAAGUUACACACAAAAGCAGAGAAAGUGCAAAAACAUAGACAUCAACAUAAUGCCUAAGCAACUUCAAAAAUCUCUUUCAGAUUACCUCUCAAAGAUCAAACAUAAACCCACCCCACAAUCUCCUAAUUUUUCCGCCAAUAAGACCCUCUCAUCUUCCACUAGCUGGUUGCUCCGGGGCUGUAGACACCCCAAAACGCUGUCCUUCUCUGCCGUUGAUCGCAAAGAAAAGCAAGCUCAAGCCAAAGAUGACGCUGCUACACUUGCAGAUAUAGAUCGUUUCCUCUUUGAGAACUUCAAAUCUUUUUAUUCCAAAGAUGACGAUAGUGAAGUUGAAGCCAAUACUAGCAAUAAACCUAACAACAACAACAACAACAUCGUGAAGAAAGGCAAGAAAGAAGAUAAUAUUGCUCCAAACAAAGAAGAAAAUGCAGGAGCUUCAAAUUCUUUGUUCGAGUCCCCAAGAUACGUCGUACCGCCAUCAAAUAUUAGCGGGUCUCGUCGGUUUUUUGUAGCACGUGGUUCGUCGAGUUCCCUCAUUGAAGAAGCUCGGACAAGCAUGACAGUUUCAGACGACACUGGAUCAACCUCAGCUACGACAAAUACGACUUCAAAUGAUUCAUUGGCAAUUAGUACCUCGGAUGGUUCAAAGGAAACACUGAAUGCAGAUGAUUUUAUUACAGUUGUAACGUAUUCUCCAAGUCCAUACGAUGAUUUCAGGCAAUCGAUGCAAGAGAUGAUGGAAGCGAGGUUGAAUGAUCAAGGCAAAAUCAACUGGGAAUUUAUGGAAGAGCUUUUGUUUUGCUAUUUCAAUUUGAACGAUAAGAAAUCGUAUAAGUAUAUACUUAGUGCGUUUGUGGAUUUGAUCGUUGUUUUGCGUGAAAACUCCGGCAGAGUACCGGUGAUAUCACGAAAUGUUCGAUCAUUGGGUGGGGAAUUAAACCAGGGGAAAACGUAACGUAAGAAAGUUGUCACGUGUUUAAUUUAUAAUUAGUAGUCAAUGUAUUGACGGGGAAGCGCAAGAA